AUGUCUAAAAAGCCCGCCGAUGUGGCGUCGAAAGAGCGCAACGAAUACAUUCCGUCUUUCAUUUCGAAAAAGCCGUUCUACAUUGACGACGACUCUCAAGCCAAUGACUAUCUAGAGCAUCAACGUCUGCAAAAGUCGACGGCAGAGCAGUCAAAAUGGUACGAGCGCGGCAAGCGUGCUGGUCCCGCGGCCACCAAGUACCGGAAAGGCGCCUGUGAGAACUGCGGCGCCAUGACCCACAAAACGAAAGAGUGUCUGAGUCGCCCUCGGAAGCACGGUGCCAAAUGGACCGGUAAAGAUAUCCAGGCGGAUGAAGUCAUACAAGACGUCAACAUGGGGUGGGAUGCGAAGAGAGAUCGGUGGAACGGCUACGAUCCGAGCGAAUAUCGACAAGUGGUGGAGGAAUACGAGGAACUUGAGAAAUUGAAACGGGUCACAAAACAGGAUGGCGAUAAUGAGGGCAAGGAUGGUGAGGGCGAUGACGAUGAAGAUGCGCCCCAGGAGGAAGCCCGCUACGCUGAGGAGUCCGACAUGGGAAGACAACAGAGCACCGCCACUCGCAACCUCCGUAUCCGAGAAGAUACGGCAAAGUAUUUGCUGAACUUAGACCUUGAUUCAGCCAAGUACGACCCGAAGACACGACGGAUGGUUGAUAUGGGUGCACAGGAUGACCAAGCAGCAGCACUUGUUGCCGAGGAGAACUUUGUCCGCGCUUCGGGUGAUGCUGCAGAGUUUGAGAAGGCACAAAGAUAUGCCUGGGAAUCGCAGGAACGUGGUGCGCAGAAGGUCCACCUGCAGGCAAACCCCACAGCUGGAGAAGUCAUGCGGAAGAAGGAGGAGGCGGAGAGUUUGGCCAAACGUGAUGCUCAACGAAAGGCUCUUUUGGAAAAGUAUGGUGGUCAAGAGCACCUCGACCCCACACCGCUGCGGGAUACAAUGGUCGUCGAGAACGAACAGUUUGUCGAAUAUGACGAAACGGGUGCGAUUAAGGGCGCACCAAAGAAGGCGGCCAAAUCGAAAUAUGCUGAAGACAUCUUUACGAACAACCACACAUGCGUUUGGGGAAGUUGGUGGCACAACUUUGAGUGGGGAUAUGCCUGCUGCUUUUCUACCGUCAAAAACAGUUACUGUACUGGUGAAGAUGGGAAGCGCGCAUUCCAGGAAGCGGAUCAGCUGCUGAUGCUACCUGAGAACGGGGACGAUGCUGAUGAGCCGUCCGGUGAACAUGAGGAAGCUAACGACGGGCAUGAAACUAUUGACGAUGCUCAAACCUCAGAGCAGCCAAAGGAUUCAUCUAACACCAAUACGAAGAAGAGAACGCUCAUCGAGGUGCAGUCUGGCAUUACCGAGGAAGAAAUCGAAUCAUACAAGCGAAGCCGACUUGCGGCGGACGAUCCUAUGGCCGCAUUCAUCGGCAAAGACGACCUUGUAUAG